GAAGUGCAAAGUUUGAGAGCGCAACUUGUUGUCAUUGCCGAACAGCUCAAGGGGUCCAUGCGAAAUGCCGCAGACGCGGAGCAGAGGGCACAAACUGCGCAAUCACGCGAGCGGGAAACUCGGGCGCGCCUUCUUCAAGUUGAGCACGCGAAGCACCAGGCCGACCUAGAAGUUACCAGACAAACGGAGGAGAUGAAGAGGUAUCGACUUCAAAUCGAUACUCUAGAGCGUCAAAAAAUGCAGAUGGAAGUCGAUAUGCGGGCAGUGGAGAAGGAGAGGGAUGAGGCUGUGGACAGUGCGACGGACGCAAAAGACGCUCUACGACAGUACAAGCAGUUCAUUCGAGACGCGCAGGCGCGGGAUGAAGGACUGGAGACAGGUAGACGACUCGGGUUACGACGAGGCUACAACACUGGACGCGUGAAUGGUUUUGAAGAUGGCCUCCAGGAAGGAUUUGAUGAAGGGUAUGAGUUGGGCCGACAAGAAGGGUUUCUGGCAGCGAAGAACGAGGUGCGACGGGUAGAGCGGGCGCGAACCCGGGAUAACCUUGAUUCAUACAUAGAGAUUGACAGGCCUAAGUUGAAACGCACUCGGACAUGGGCUGAAUCGUUGUCACGUCAUGAGGACGACUUGGUUGCCGUGGAACCUAGUUCGUUGCAUUCUUCGUCAACCGUCGGUGUCGGCUCACGGCGCAAAGGCCCUAAGAGUCAUCCAAAGCUGCCUCUCUCUGUCUUCACCCCUCCAACUAGUGGUGCCUCUGAUCGCUUUCCUUUGCCUCCGAGUCCAAGUGCCGUUCAUCCUACGACAGUCACAGACUCACACGUCAUCGAUAUUAAUACGUGGAAAUCAGAGUCAGAAGGCGUUUUUAGCAGCAAGGCUGACGGCAUCGUCGUACCCACAAAUAAUAUAGAGGCAAUCAAUGGGUACACGUUACUCGAAAGGUUCUCAGAUACUUCAUCUAUCCUGGCAGCUUCCAUCCCAUUGCCAGCAGAGACCGGUACAAUAGAGAGCGUCCCAACAUCCGCAGCCGCAUCUUCCGUGCGCAUACAUUUUAGUGCAACACUAGACAAGAGCUCGCCAGCUCUCAUAGAGACCAUUGCUCACGCCCUCAAACAAGGCCGCAUUGUCGACUUGCACUGUGAUCUUGGGCAAACUGGCUCUGGUUGGGAGGUACUAGAGAACCUGAUAGAGAAGACUAUGGAAGCGCAAGAAGCGAGGAAAGGCAAGCUUGUACUCUCGAACAUUCUUCCGCCUCCUCAUUCUUUAGAACUCCCCAUCGUCAAGCUGCUCACCCACCAAACAUACAUCGCCUACCAAAGCUACAUCGCAUCCAUCUCCCUCAAUUCGAAUAUCUUCCUCAAAUUCCUCCCGCCGGCUUGGGGCGAGCCCACCCCUCAAGCCUCACUGAAUGAUCUCAGCAAGGAGGCGAAAGAAUGGAAACGACGCGUAAAGAUGUUCCUCGGACCAGCUGUAGAAGCUUUCGGUUUCCAACGCAUCCUAUUCGGCUCAUCCCCGUCUCCAGCAGCAGCAAACUCUACAUCAAACAACGUAGCCUACUGGUAUGAAAUUGCUCGCGAGUCGUUCGCCGAGCUCGGUGUCGAGCAGGAAGAUAUCGAUGCUGUCUUUAGUGGGAACGCUAAGGCGGUGUACGGAUCUUGA